UAUUUGGUGCUGCGGGUAGCAGCAGGAGUUGGUGUUGUUGUUGAAAUCAAACAGGAGCCUACUGCGUGGUGAGGUUAGUAUUUCUUUCAGCGGGAACACAGAGAAAAGCUCCUCCGCAGAGGGCGAAGGCCGCCGGACGAACUUGCAACCCUCGCUUUUCUCCAUCUUCCAUCGACUUCACACGACAUACAAGGGAGACUUUUCGUUACUCGCCAUGGCAUUAGCAGAAUCAGCUCCGCAACUGAAUUUCCUGCGGGAUUCAGCGCAGUUUCUAAGCUCCCAAAGUCCAUCCACGUCUGCACAUCUCUUGGCGGUACACAACCGGAUUCUUCACGACCAGUUCAGACCAUUAAAUUUCCGCCAACAGGAAACAUUCUGCGGUGCCUGCGGCAGUCUCAGGACACCACAUAUCACCAAGAAGGUUGAGAUCAAAGAGAAGAGCGCAAAAUCCAAGGCCCAAAAGUCCAAGGUUACCAAACAAGGUGGUUCUCAAGAUGCUCCUCCAGGGGCCGUCGUCUACAAGUGCUUGCGAUGCUACAAACGGGCGGUACAACCAAUCCGCAAACCAGCAUCACGAAAGAAUAUUCAGUCAGUCCCUAUAGCUGCUACUGAGCCUGUGGUUUCUUCUACAGCAGCCUCUACAAGCAAGACUUCACCCCAGGAGGCUGCAGACGCGGCGACACCCAGUGUUUCCACCAAAACCACGUCUGAAAAUGCCAGCAGCAAGAAGAGGGCGAAAGCGAGGAAGCAAGGCGGACUACAAGCUCUCUUGGCCUCCAAACAGCGCUCACAGACCCAGACGUCCUCGUCCCUCGAUCUCUUCGACUUUCUGCAGCAGUGACUACUUUCACGUGACUUGUUCGUUUCCGGUUAGCGCGGGGGUUGCCCGGAUGGAAGACUGACUAAGUAGUAACUGACCCCGCCACAGCGAAGAACCGCGAAAGUUCCCGUCGCUAGUAGAUUAUUUUUUUUCUAGAGUGACUGGGAAGAAGCUUGUGACUGCUCAACACGAGACAAUCCUGCAUCAUAAGACCUCUAGAAGGGCUCUUUUCUGAGUGGUUAAAAGAAUUGGGUUUGCACUUUACACCACUGAUCAGAAUACAUCUACAUACACACUGAAGAGACACUGAAGG